GCUGUUUAUCUGAUAAUCGAUUAUGAAGUUGUUUGCAGUCCAUUAAAAAUCAGUCAACUAUUGACUCUGAGGAGUUCUGAUUCUGUCGCGUUCUGAUUGGCUCUGAUCUGACGGUAUCUCAUUUGUCGGCUUCCCAUUGGCUGAUUCGGACAGAGUGACGCGGCGGCUGGACCAAUGAGCGGCUGCCACACUGUGGUUAGGAGAGGUUCGCUGGUCCCGCCCCCUCCUCUGUCUCUUUCUCUUUCUCUCUGAGUCUGGCCGAGUCCAGGAGCAGCUCAGUCCGGGGAAGCGACGCUUAGAGCCGCAGAGAGAGAGCAGGGCUGCCCGGACACUCACUACCCACCACCCGAAGCUUUGUUCCUGUGUUACCCGCCUGGUUCGGUGCCAUGCUGCGGCUGAUCCUGCUGGCCGCUCUGGCCGGCUCCUCCUGGGCCAGCGACGUGCUCGACUACACCGAUGAUGACUUCGAGAGCCGGAUCGGGGACCAUGACCUGGCUCUGGUGGAGUUCUUCGCCCCGUGGUGUGGUCACUGUAAGCGUCUGGCUCCAGAGUACGAGGUGGCCGCCACGCGUCUGAAAGGCUCCGUGGCUCUGGUCAAGGUCGACUGCACAUCCAACAGCAAGACAUGCAGCAAGUAUGGAGUCAGUGGAUACCCCACCCUGAAGAUCUUCAGGGACGGAGAGGAGACUGGUCCUUACGACGGGCCCAGAACUUCAGACGGGAUCGUGGGUUUCCUGAAGAAGCAGGCCGGACCGGCUUCUGUGGAGGUGAAGACUGAGGAGGACCUGACCAAGUUCACCUCAGACAGCGACGCCAGCGUUGUCGGGUUCUUUGCUGAUGAGAAGAGCACGGCGCAGGCUGAGUUCCUGAAGGCGGCCAGCGCCCUCAGAGACAGCUACCGCUUCGCCCACACCAACUCUGAGGCUCUGCUGCAGAGCCACGGCAUCGACGCAGAGGGAGUGGUCCUGUUCCGCCCACCAAGACUCAACAACAAGUUUGAAGACAGCUCGGUGACGUACAGCGAGGACAAAUACAGCAGCAACAAGAUCAAGAGGUUCAUCCAGGACAACAUCUUUGGAAUCUGCCCUCACAUGACGGACGACAACAAAGACCAGCUGCGGGGCAAAGACCUGCUGGUGGCUUAUUACGAUGUUGAUUAUGAGAAAAACCCCAAAGGCUCCAACUACUGGAGGAACAGGGUGAUGAAGGUGGCUAAAGGCUUCCUGGAUCAGGGGAAGAAGCUGAACUUCGCCGUGGCCAGUAAGAGCAUGUUCAGCCACGACGUGUCAGAGUUCGGUCUGGACGGCAGCUCAGGAGAACUCCCACUGGUCGCCAUCAGGACCAGCAAGGGGGACAAGUUCGUCAUGAGCGAGGAGUUCUCUCGUGAUGGGAAAGCUCUGGAGCGUUUCCUGCAGGAUUACUUUGACGGAAACUUGAAGCGUUACCUCAAAUCAGAGCCCAUCCCCGAGAACAACGACGGGCCGGUCAAGGUGAUCGUGGCGGAGAACUUCGACUCCAUCGUGAACGACGACAGUAAAGACGUUCUCAUCGAGUUCUACGCUCCGUGGUGCGGACACUGCAAGAACCUGGAGCCCAAGUUCACCGAGCUGGGAGAGAAGCUCGCCAACGAUCCAAACGUUGUCAUCGCCAAGAUGGACGCCACCGCAAACGACGUGCCGUCUCCGUAUGAAGUCAGCGGGUUCCCAACACUCUACUUUGCUCCCGCUGGACGUAAGAUGAGCCCAAAGAAAUACGAGGGAGGCCGCGAGGUGAGCGACUUCGUCUCCUACCUGAAGAGGGAGGCCACCAACCCGCUGGUGAUGGACGAAGACUCCAAGAAGAAGAAGAAGAAGAAGAAGGACGACGACGACGACAAGACAGAGCUAUAAAAGCUCCAAACAGGAACUCAACGUCCCCCGCCACAAUAAGAGGAGGAUUGGGGAAAUCAUGCAAAGAAAGAACUAAAUUAUAUUCCACUCUUAGUGAACUACCGAAUGCUCUGAGGCCGCUCAGCGACCGGCCGUCCCUUUAGUCCUCCGCUGCUCCGACCGGAGAGCCAGCCGGUGGCCUCAUGUCUCAAACAAACACGUUCUUAGGGAAGAGGGGACAGCUUUUUGAGGUUUUUCUUUCCCCCGGUCUGUCUGCUCCCGAUGCUCGUCAUCAUCUGUCGUUGUGUUCGUCGUCAGGGAGAGAAUGGUAAUGGUGAUUCCUUUUCUUUUUGUUUUUGUAACACGUCUUUGUUUUUGUACAUUUGGAAGGAUUGUGAAAUAAAAAGGCCCACAAAACCAACAGAA